UUCAAAACUCCAAACCCUAACCUCAAAGCUUGUCCGUCACUCCGUACCAAAUCCUAAGCUUGUGUCCCGCCGCCCGCUGCUGCUACCGCCGGCGGAUCCCAAUCAGCGAGAUGGGAAAAGCAAAGAAAAAAUCUCCCAAGUUUGCGGUCAUGAAGAAGCUAGUCACCUCCAAAGCUAUCAAACAGUACAAAGAGGAGGUUUUGAACCCUAACAAGAAAGAUUUGACAAAGCUUCCUCCAAACGUGCCGUAUGUUUCAUCUGCUCUUUUCUUCAAGCACAACACUGCUUUGGGGCCGCCUUAUCGGGUUUUGGUUGAUACCAACUUCAUCAAUUUCUCCAUCCAGAAUAAAUUGGAUUUGGAGAAAGGAAUGAUGGACUGCUUAUAUGCAAAAUGUACCCCUUGCAUCACAGAUUGUGUGAUGGCCGAGCUUGAGAAAUUAGGUCAGAAGUACCGGGUUGCUUUGAGGAUUGCAAAGGAUCCUAGAUUUGAAAGACUCCCCUGUAGCCACAAAGGAACUUAUGCUGAUGACUGCCUCAUUGAAAGAGUUACACAGCAUAAAUGUUACAUUGUAGCAACAUGUGAUCGAGACCUAAAGCGAAGGAUCCGCAAGAUUCCAGGUGUACCAAUCAUGUACAUUACACAGCACAAGUAUUCAAUUGAGCGGCUGCCCGAAGCCACAAUUGGCGGCGCACCUAGGAUCUGAUGACAUGAGCUUCAUCAUCUUCCAACUCAUGAAGUUGACAGUUUUGUUGUUAAUGCUGUUAUGCGGCCUAUGAAGAUCCGCUUUGGAUUGGCCUCAGGAAUUAUUUUCCUGUUUUGGAGGUGCUGGGAAGGUUCCUAUGAGAUAGUAGCCAUGAAGUUUUUUGUAGGAUACCAAGUUGACAUAUUUGUCUUGUACUAGAGCUAUGCUAUCAGCUAUGCCUGCCCUUUUUAUGUGGGAUAUAUCGACAGCAAAGUAGAUAUAUACAAUGAUCAUUUAGUACGUAAAACAAGAUGCUCUAAUAUACAAUCAGAUUGUAUUUAUCAAUUAGCAGUGUAA